AGAGGCGCGGGUUUAGAACUGGGUACAUGAAGAACUCGCCGGAAAUGAUAGAACAGUUUGUCUACUUAUAAGGUAUCUAAGUUACAUUGAAAAUCAAAUUAUUCCAGCAUUCUGACGAAGUAGCAGGCACAAGCGUCUUGCUAGCUCUGGCUAGAUAACCUGUUUGUCAUGUCUGACCCGCAUGACAGUUGUUCCAUGACUCCACCUCUCUCUCCAGUCAGCUUUGGUAACCUGGAGCAGGACGAGCCUGAAAUCAUUCCACCAAAGAGGGCUCAUAUGGAAGAUGAUCCUGUGAAUGAUCUACCUUCCUGUUUUUGUUGCCUCGGGGAGGUCAGUACCCAGAAUUGUGAUUUUCAUCCAGAUGGCUACUUGAAGCAGAAUGCAUUGGGAAGACUUCUCCAUGGCUCUGAUCCAAACUUUGCAGUUUUCCAGACUACUUGCUGUGAAUUAUUUGGAUAUUACUUCACUACUCAGUUAGCAUUACAGGAACAGAUGGAGAAGCUGUUUUUCCUGGUUAGACAGCAGCUGAACAAAUUGGAAAACACUACUAUAACAUCAACAGGCUGGUCACUAGGGACAGGUUCGUCUGCCUCCUUUAUGACAGCAAGGCAUUACAUUAGAACUUUCCUUGAAUAUGUCAAGGUUUAUGUAUGCAGAUAUGUGAAUGCAAUGAAUGCAGAGCAGUUCAUUCCCCAGCUAUACUGCCAUCUUCAUGUUUUAUUGCUACAUCUUGGUCGUUUGACUGAGCUGCCCUCUAGUGUCUUGAAUCAGUGCAGUGCCAGACAGGGAAAUACAAGCACAAACACAUCUUACCACAUUUUCCACUGCCAUUUAGAUGUACAUUGGGGAGUACUAGAGAUAAUGCAUUUGAUAACCACUAAAUACCCCAAUGCAGGGAUAAGUUCCAGUGGCCAGAGAUGGUGCCAGGGUCCUGGUGUUGAGGACUACUCUGUGGACCCCAGUGACCCAUUCCAGCAGUGUCUGCAGUUACUACCGUGGGAUCUUGUGGUGCUGGCCAUGAAAAAACAUGGCAAGUUGUCCAUGAAGGAGUACCUGUCUGUGUCACCCUUCCAUUGCACUUGUAUCCGAGAGCUGUGGGUGAUGUUGAGAGAACUCACAGAUUAUAGGCAGGAGCACAUGGGAAAGAAUUCAUUUUGGAUCACCUUAGAUGAGAUUUUACAGCAAGUUUUACACAUUCAGCAGCAGCCUUAUACAUGUAGCAGUGAAGUAGAAAUGGACACAGACAAGUUUUCGCUCCCACCCAUCUUUCAGUGUUCUAACACUACAGACUUCUGCUGGUGGUUACUACAUAACAUGGCCCCACUAUAUGCAUAUACAAGUGAAGGGGAGCAUGUUUCUCUGACAAAUCCUCUCCAAAACAACUAUAUGUUUUUGGUUCAGAGUUUGUUGAAACCAUUAACUUCUGGGGAACAGCAGGUAGAUGAAGCUCACCUGAGGUGUUACAUGCAGACGUCCCUGUCCCUCUGCAAACUGUGGGGUCCCAAUAUAGAUGUUCUCAUCCACCUUUGGGAUUAUUUUUAUAAAAAGCUGAACCAUCACUUUCAGAUCCAAGGCUUGGGAGUUGAAGGACUGGCAAAAAUAAACAAGUCUGCAGUCUCCUGGUUGGAGAAGUGUAAGGACCUUACUAAACCUGACUCCAGGGUGGAUCAUAUGAAUAGUUUCCAACUGUUUCUCAAGCACCUGUCAUUCAGUCUUGGUGAACAAGGCAAAAAUAUCAUCUGGAAACAGCUGAAAGGAAGGUUCUACUCAAAAUUCCACCCCAGAAGAAUGCAAGAGCUGACAGAGAUAGGUCUCCAUAACUUCACUGAGCUGUUUAUUACUCUGGCCCUGAUUGGAGAUCUAGAAGAUGUGGCAGGAAAAAUGGCUGAUUUUUAUGCCAUGCUGCAGAUGGACAAUGUCCACCAUGGUCACAGGGCAGUGGUGUGGAGGGGCAUGUUUGUACUCAUGCUGACCUAUGAGGAGAAGGGGGUGGACGUCAGUUUUCUGGCAGAUAAGAUGGCCCAGGAAUUUAAUGCACUCUGCUGGGAAUUUUCUAAUGACACCCUGGAAUCCUCAAGAAGAUUUCAACUGUGGUCUUUUAUCAGCAUGUACCUAGAUUGUGUCCAAGAUGUCUUUGAGGCUAGCGACCAGCUAAAACUAUCAGAAUACAAGCUAUUAGGUCGAGGCCUGGGACAGAUCCUUUCAGCAGUCAGAGAAAAUGAGCUCAGGAUUGUGUUGAAUUUUUUGCAGUUGGUUUUGGCUAGACAUAGAAUUGUUUACAGGAGAGUUUCUCAACAACUUUCUGAUCAACACCAAGUUACCCAACAGUUCAGAGAAGUGGCUGAUGCAUUGUGGGUGACAGCUUACCAAUUUGUUCAGACUCACAGCUGUACAUUGACACCCCCACCUCAACUAGCAGAUGUAGCUGCCAGCUUCACAAUGCUGACACUCAACUUACCUCCUGGGCCCAGCACAGGAAUAAAAGAAGAUUUUCUCUCCUCCUUCCAGUAUUUUGGUUGUAAUGCAGCUGUUAGUGCAAGUGUCAGUUGUCGGUACCUGAACCAUAUGCUACCAAACCAGCUAGUAAUUGAACGGUUGUCCUCUGAUCUCAAGAACUAUCAGCCUCUGGUGGUCCAAGCUUGGUUCAAGUGUGCAUUAUACCUGUUCAAAGACAAUGAUCAAAUGCAGGAGCUAUCCAGGUUAAUCUUAAAGCUUCCAGAAGUCGGUGAGUUAUUUGAGCAUGUCGAAAUGGAAGCAUCUGACAGUUACAGCACUGUUUUGGUUCAGUUUAUUGUAGCACUAGGGCAGUCUUACCACAAAACUGAGGGUCUGAUGAACAAAAUCAAAUUCAGAGAGCAUGCUUCCGAGUACUUUGGUGACAUCACCAGACAUAUUGGUGUCAUCCUGAAGAAUGCAGGACCACCAGAAGCCCUGAAAGCAGUCUAUGUCAUUGGUGGCUACAUGGUGAAACAUUGCGCACAAUUUCUAUAUGUGAAGUCUAAGCCAGACUGUCUGUUGCCAAGUUUGUUAGAUAGCCUGGUAUUGCCCCAUGUUUUAUUCAGUGCAAGUAAAACUUUGAAUCCUUCCAUAUUGCAAGCAAUUAAGGACCAUUUGCAUUUGUUUGUGCAAGGUCUAGGUAAGCUAGAUGUACGUAGAGAUCAGUACAUCCAGAGACAGCUCAGGACAAUUUUCUUGCAGUAUCUUCAUAGGUUUCCUUUGAAGCAAUCAUCGGGUUCCACAGUUACUGUGGUGCAUCCUUUGGUUAACUCUUUAAGUGAAUCUUUCAAAGCAUCCAGUGACACAUCCCUGCAGCUGAGGCAAUAUGUGUUUGAAGUGAUAAGAGACAACUACUUGACACUGAAGGGAAACACACCACUUACACAUGCAGGAAUGGGUUUCACAUACAUAGCUGAAGUUUUUCAAAAAACCACAAACCAAGCUAUUCUGGCAAGUGACAUAGGGGUGUUGUUACAGACAAUGUUGGAAUACCAAUUGAUGUGUGAAGUUCCAGCAAUAAGACAGCAGUCCACAUAUUUAACUCAGGCCAUGCUUGAAGCCUGCAAAAAAUGCGAAAAGCAAGAAUCAAGGUUUUCUGUGACAGAAAUCCUCAGAAAUUUUAUUUCCAAAAAUAUCAAGGUGUACCAACUUCGGCUUUUAAAAGUUGUGGAUAUGGUGUCAGUAUUAUAUCCAGAUGUUGUACUGGACCUGGUUCCUCAGCUUACCCAGUCUCUUUAUGACAUUGAGGCCAAAAGAGGAGUAGGGGCUGACACAGUUCUCAGGCAAUCCUACAUGAACAUUUUGAGAAAUCUUGGAGACAGAGGAGAGGAAGAGAUUUUACAGAUACAGAAUUCCUGACAAUACAAAAUGCAUCAUACAAAUGGUGCUUAACAUGAAGUGUGUGAACUGGCAGGUGUUAAGUGAUUCUUAUCUGAUUCCAGUAAUAACUCUCCCACUUACUUAAACUCUCCACUUAGUUACUUAAAACUAUUAUUUAUCAACUUAAAAACAUCCUGUUUUGAUGGCAGCUUCAUAAGGAAAUAGGAAUCCCAUAAACAACAAAUAUCAUAUUUCAAAAGACCACACUUAUAAACACCCACCACGCUACUUAACCUGUUUCUUGUUAAAUACAAAAUGCUACAUUAUGAUCUCACUAAAUCUCAUAGAUGUGUAAGGAUUUAUAUCAAAUAUAUGAUACUAGUAAUAACUAACUUUGAUAGUUAUUUGCCAUAUUGAAUUAUUUGCUUGUACUUGAAUUAGAAGUACUAGUAGCAUAGACAUCCAACAUUAACAUUGAAAGCUGGAUGUGUUAUUUUUUACUUGAGGACUCUGAUAGGAAGAUUACAACUAUUUAAUCAUUUUCAUUUUAAGCCUUAGAUAAUUUUAUUAGCAUACUAAAAUUUAUUUAUCAACUCGAAAAUAUGCCACUGAUUGCAACUGUAAAAGGAAAUGGAAAUCCAGUUUUGAACUUGGUUAGGAAGAAUUACAGCAAUCGAAAUAUUACUGUUAAGCCUUAGAUGUUUUUUCAUUAGCCUCCAAAUCAAUUUAAUCACGUUAAAAGGAGAUUAGUGAAGCUCUUCCCUUUCCUGCACCUUUAAGGUCUUCCACCUACACUUCCUUGUACAUACGAAAUAAAAUACAAGUUUAUGAAAUUGAAAUAGCAUUAUUAUAUAAUUAUACAAAAUCUAUAAGAUUUAAGUAUCUUAAUAGGAAAAUUAUUUCUUUCUUAUUGUUUUAAGAAGGUAUGAUAUGUAACGAGGACUUUAUUUUCUAUGCUCUUAAAGAGAGCAAGUAACGCGUGUUCUGGCAAAACAUUAUACCUAUAUUUUGAAAAUAGAAUUUACUCUUCUUCAGUUUGCAUCUUGUUGCACAAUAAUGCCACUGCCUACGCUGAAAUGUACUUUUAGGAGAAAUUCAUGGGGAUUUAUAAAACUGCUCACCCAGUUUCAGCCAAAUGAAAAACGGGUCUAAAAAACAUUACUGGAUUGAUUGCUUCAAAAUUGUUGAUCAUGCCUGGAUAAUGUCCCAUUUUCAUUAUUGCCUGGCAAAAGCCCUUCAACGACCUCUUCAAUGUAAGUGUGAUCAGCUGUGCUAGUGUAGUGUCGAGAGAUGUGCUAUGAAAGGACGACCAUAAUGACCGACUAAGCGAGCUUCCCUAUGUCACAAAAUAUUACAUGUAUAUAGGGGUAAAUGCAUGGCUUCUGCUUGAGUUUUAUCAGCCGUGCUGAUGAAGAUCUAAAGAUGUGCUGAGAGCAGAUGACGUAAAUGGCAAAUUACGGUGUGCUUAUUAUGUAUUUUUGUGGGAAAUGGCUUUACUUGAAGCGUUGAGGUUCUUUACACAUUCUUUCUAUUAUAUCUCUGGUUUAUCAUAUUAUCUAGUAGAGGCCCUCUGUGUGACGAUGUCAUUUCGUAGCCAAAAUUCAUGCUGGACAAAAAGUGCACAGAAUUAGCCAGAAAAUAUCUGUGAAUAUAUAGUGAAAUUGUUUUGAAUAGUUAUUUAAUCUAUAGUAUCAACCGCGAUCUCUUCGAAUCCGCAAAUAAAAAUAUUGGCAUUUGUCAGAAAUAGAGCCAAAUAAUGACUGUCAUGUUUUUCGGAUAUUGCUGUCUUUUGUUGCAAUAAUAAACGCUGCCACGCUGUACAGCAUAGAUUGGAUGUUGGUUUAUAUUGGAUGAGCUAGACAUGAGUAUAAGAACUCGUCGUGCUUAGCAACAUGCGAGAUUACUUCACAUCUAUAUAGCGUUCAGCUAACACUGUGGUCUCCUGUGCUACUGUAUAAACACUAUUUGUGUGGACUCGCUAAUAGAAAUGUUAUUGUGUCGUGGAAAUUGCCCCAUAUUGACAUUAAUAAUUUAGGUUGAGGAAACCGUGAUGUUUUUCUUUUACAGUUGAAUAUGAAAAUGGAAUACCAUCAAUGUUUUUUAAUCUGAUAUAAUCGGUUGUUUUGCCUAAAGAUACCGAUACACAAAGUAAAAUCCAAAUAGUACAACCGUUAAGACCCGGUUGUCUACAAACGCACCCAUGCCACUCUGCUCCCACCUAAAAACAGACCUGAUUGAAUUGCGAGAACGAACUAGUAGAGACAUGUACCUGUACG